UCAUUUAUAUCGUUUUUACGAAAACUAUAAUUUGAGUAAUAUUCGAAUCUAGUCUCUCAAAUUACAAAGGAAAAAAACAUAUAUUCUUUACUAAGAAAAGUUUAUUCGAUGAUUAAUUACUUGAAUGUGUUACAUGGAGAUAGAUGUAGUCGAGGUUGAAUCGAUAUUGUUAUUAUUAUUAUUAUUAUUAUUGGGAGGGGGAAAAGAAAGGAAAAAGGAAAAUCCUUCCAUGCAAUACUCAAUUGGACAUGGUGAAUCCGAAAAUAAAAAGAAAGUGGAUUAAAGACCUGAUUUUGAUAUUAUCUUUCUCUCUCUCUCUCUGUUCUGUCAUUCCUUCUCUUUCCUCUGCUGCUUUUUGAAGGUUUGAGAGGAGAAGUCGCUUUAAUACGCCAUUUCACCAUUUCUGCCUCUGCCUAAAACCUCCAUGGCCGAAACUUUCGCACCCCAUUUCCUCAAACUUCCCUCUCCUCAACAUAGUGAACAACCCAUUAUUCCAUCAAAUCUCUUUCUAAUCAUAUUUCUCCAUUUUUAGCCCUUCUCUUCUCUUCUCUUAACCCACCAUGAAAACCCAUUCCCAAACAUUCUUUUCUUUUCCCAUUUCAAAUCUCUAUUAUUGCUUUCUUACUCCUCACACAAAAUACCCUUCUCUAAUGCCACCGUAUUGGAAGGGUAUCCGCUAGCUGGACUUUCCUUUUUUGUAUUUUGGACCUUUUCUCUCUGUUUCUCUCUGUUUCUUUUUCCUCUGUUUUUGAGUUUUCGCCAUGGAGAAUGAUACUACUCGCAAAGCUUCUAUUCCAUGGGAGAAUGAUAGGGGUAUAGUGGCCAAAAGACCUCCACUUUACAUGGCUACUUAUGGGAAACAUAAAAUGCGGAGCAAUAUGUUUUCAUCUGCUUCGGCUCGAGACUUGAGAUGUUUUGACCUGGAAAGUGAGCAACGUGAUGGAUUGUCCCCAAGAGGAGUUUUGGAAGCAAGCAUGCAGAAUUCAGAGUUCGAUGCGGAUUCUUUGAAUGAUAGUACCCCAGAACCUGAAAAUCAACCUUCACAAUCAAGGGCUCUUUUUCACUGGAAAAAUUUCUUCAAAUUAUGGAAAAAAAGAUCGUUCAGGCGCCUGGCCUCGUUUCCUCCUCUUGGAGUGCUGAAGAUUUCAAGAAGAGGGAACAGAAGCGGGAGAGAGAAUCCGGGACUAAGUGACUUGUACAAGUUCAAGUCCUCACUGGGAAACUUCACUUUCUCCGAGCUCCAAACUGCGACCAACAAAUUUAGCCCUGAAAAUUUGAUCGGAAAAGGUGGUUAUGCUGAGGUAUACAAGGGCCGUUUACAUGAUGGGCAGCUGAUAGCAGUGAAGAGGCUAACUAAAGGAGCCCCAGAUGAGAGGACUGCUUGUUUCUUGUCCGAGAUUGGCAUCAUUGCUCAUAUUGAUCAUCCUAACACAGCCAAACUGAUCGGUUGCAGCAUUGAUGGAGGCAUGCACCUUGUUUUCAAGCUAUCUCCAAAUGGAAGUUUAGGAUCUUUUCUCCAUGGUCCAAAUGCGAACAAACUCGAUUGGAGUAAAAGAUACAAGAUUGCUCUUGGUACAGCUGAUGGUCUGCUGUAUCUCCACGAUCAUUGUCAGAGGCGUAUUAUUCACCGAGAUAUCAAGGCCGAUAACAUUCUGCUUACAGAAGAUUUUGUACCUCAGAUUUGUGACUUUGGCCUUGCAAAGUGGCUACCCAAACAGUGGACUCACUACAGCGUGUCAAAAUUCGAAGGCACAUUCGGAUACUUCGCUCCUGAAUAUUUCAUGCACGGGAUAGUUGAUGAGAAAACUGAUGUUUAUUCUUUUGGAGUUCUACUGUUGGAGCUCAUAACUGGUCGUCGAGCUUUGGACGAGUUGUGUCAAAGCCUUGUGCUGUGGGCAAAACCUCUCUUAGAUAACAACAAUCACGAGGAGGUCAUUGAUCCCGCACUCAAGGAAAGUUACGAUCUCGAAGAGGUUGAGCGCAUGAUUUUAACUGCAUCUUUAUGCAUUGAGCAGUCUCCUAUUCUCCGACCUCGAAUGAGUCAGGUUGUUGUCCUGCUAAGAGGCGACAAAUACGUAAAGGAGUGUGAAAAAGGUACAAGGGUACCACUGCAACGAACGUACUCGGAAGAGCUCUUAGAUGCACAAGAAUACAACAAGACGAGAUACCUAAGCGAUCUGAAAAAACACAGGCAGCUUGCAUUUGGAUCUUGAAAGUGAUUUUGAAACCAUUCACCUUAGAGAGGAAGAAGCUAUUGCAGUGUUAUAAGGGGCUUGUUUCUGGAGGUCAAUGAAAUGAAGAAAAAAAAGAAAAAGAAAAAGAAAGUAUUUAUGUAUGUAAAGUUUAUAAUUAAAAAGAAAAGUGUUAAUAGUUAAGUUAAAAGUAUUUUUAACUUUGUAAUCUAGUGGAUCAAACAGCCAAACAGUUCCUUAAUUAACCCUUUGUAUUGGUACUGCCAUUGUUUCAACACAAAUAUGAAGCUGUUUGAAAUGAAAAGGUGAACUUUCAACUGUUUGUAUCUAAAA